AUGUUCUGCUUCAUACUUCACUUGACUGCACUCAGCCUUCUGGCAGGUGCAGCUGCAACAAAUCAGGCAUUCACCAGUUUUGGGGAAAUUAACAUCAACUCGUGUCCCAUCACCUACUAUGGACAGAAGUAUGACAAAGUCUAUGUGGCCUUCCAUGUCAACACAUUUGCAGUUUGCUUUAACGGUCUGUACAAACCCGGAAUCAGAAAUGACUGUAUUUUGAUGUCUGGAGGGACGGCUGACAGAGGCGACCUCGCAGUGCUCACUAGAGAAAUACCCACUGGAUCUGGAGUUCAUAAACUUCUGCCAAACCUGAAGAACGCCGGGAAAUGUGUCAACAUAAUCCCAUUAAAAGACAGCCAACAAUAUGAAAUUGAACAGGUUGAACUUGGCAAUUUUGGGGCGCAAGCGAUUCUGGCAAUCAAGACUUAUUCUGGGUACCUGAAUGAGGCAGAUGCUCAAGUCAAUGGCCUCACAGUUUCUAAACAGAUAUUCCAGACAGCUGACACAAGUAAUGGUGUCAUCACAGACGUGAGCGGAUGCAGACUGUCAGGUGUUGCCUUUAAGACAAAUACAACAGUGAGGGACCCAAAAAUCUGCUCAACUGUAACCUGUGAUGUAAGUGGAGUUGCUACUGCGAUCAGUGAUUGUGGUCCCAUGGAGCGUUGCCGGGGUGACGGGAGGUGCAUGCUGAACACCAUGUGCAUUGUGACCGGUUCUACUGUCAUCAGUUUCACUGGCAGAGUUGAGUCUGUCCCGGACCGGUGUGGGUACACUCUGAUGAAGCCUUCAUCAAUCCCUGGCUUCCAGGUGCUGGGGUUUUUUCAGGAAAGACGCCGUAAAGAUGUUAGUUUUUUGGACCGCGUGAUACUGCAACUGGAUGAGACGGGGGUCCAGAUUUCCCUGGAACAAGGUGGCAGAGUUCGGCUGGAUGACAAAGUGCUGACGCUAAACACCUCAGCUCAGGUGGUCCGCGGUGUGGAGCUCUCCAGGGACCACACAGGAGUGACUGCUAAGAUAUCAGCCUCCAACUACACCGUUUCUGUCCACUUUGAUGGCUUCACCGCACUAAUGCACAUGACAGGACCAGGUGGAGCACCCGUGCACGGUUUAUGUGGCAAUUCCAGCAGCUCUUUGAUUGAAAACAGGGUUAAUGAACACUCAGCCACCAGCUGUGAGAUCCAGUAUGAUGAUGCUGCUGACAUUACAAUCAACUGCAACACUACAACUGAAUGGUGCAGUCUCCUGAAGCAGGCUCCCUUCACUGCUUGCAACAAGCACAUCAACCCUGAGCCCUUCAUAACUGCCUGCAAACACACUUUGUGCAGAUACCCUGCAGUGGAUGGUCUCAGGUGUCAGUUCCUGGAGACCUACGCCAGGGUCUGCAGCCACCAGAACAAUAUCACUGUGGAGAGCUGGAGGCCAAAGACCCGCUGCCCUGCUGUUGCUCAGGCCUUCUGCCACAACAGGUUCUGCAGUGCACAUGAGUUCUGUGGUGAGAGCAGAGGUGGGAGACCCAGCUGCCUCUGUCGGGCCAUUUUUGCCUCCAAGUAUAGGUCGGCAAGCACUUUUGGUGAGCCGACAGUCUGCGAGUACAAGUCUGCUUCACUAACUCUGGCUAAUUGCCUCCUGGAGGAAAAAAGCAUAGACUACUCUGUCUUACACCUCAAUGACGAGGUCUGCAAAGGUGAACUGGACAACCUGACCCACAUGGUGACGUUCAGCUUUAACAGCGGCAAAACUUGUGGUACAGUAGUCAUGGCAAACACCAGUCAAAUUAUCUACAAGAACACCAUCAUGACACGGAACAUCUCCACGUUCGGCUUAAUCAACCGUCACAGCCCCGUGCAUAUCGACUUCUCCUGCUAUUAUAGUCAGCCAGAUAUCAAGAGCUUGGCCAUCAAACUCAAACACAGCUCUGUGGUCCAGCAGAUUACUUCUGGAAGAUGGAAUUACAGUCUCACCAUGAAGGCCUACACCAGCGCUGACCGCAUGAACGCUAUCGAAGCGAGCACCGACAUCCAAUUGGAUGAGAAAAUCUGGGUGGAGCUCAAGUCGGAAGGGCUGGAUGAGAAAAUGGUUGCUUUGGUGACUGACUCCUGCUGGGCAACCGAUCAGCCUUCGCCAAGUGAAGGCUUGAGAUACGACCUGGUCAUCAAAGGCUGCCCUAACCCUGCUGAUCAGACAGUGGAAGUGGAGGGCAAUGGACUGGGAACGUCCAGCUCCUUUUCUUUCAACGCGUUCCAAUUCUCCGGCAAGACUGGUGAUGUCUUCUUGCACUGCAGAUUAGAGCUGUGUGUCAGGAGUGGUAGUGCCUGUGUCCCGAGGUGCGGCCAGACUAAAAGAAGACGUAGAUCUGCCGUGUCAAAAUAUGAGGAUGAAAAUCCAGCUUUCAUCACCAUGGUCUGGACUUUUUAG